GCCCAGUUGGCUCCUCCCCCUCGCUCGAGCCCACCUCAACGUUUACUUUGGAUAACGGCGCUGUUCAUUCAGGCAAAUUAUUGUAAUAUCUGAAUCAAAAUGAAUGUUCGUAGCAUGCCAUCUUCAAAAUGACCACUUUUAAAUUGCUGUUGCAGUCUGACAGCAGCCACACGCGUGUUAUUUGUGACAGUGAGGUGAGUUUCUUAGCACACGGCGCUAACACUGUCCGCAGCUGUCAGUAACCAAAGCGCAUACGGGCUGUUAGCUUAGCCGCACCGAUCUGUCCGACAUAUGAUACACACGGACAUUUCACCCAUAUAAAUAGCAACGGACUGUGCAAAAUCCACCGCGAAUAAACUAAAAUGGACAAAGAAGAAGCGGACAGGCUAAUAGAAAAGGCCAAGCUGUGUUUACGGUCGGGACGGAAAGAGAAGGCGCUGCAGCUGCUGAACGAAGCCCUGAGCCUGUACCCGAGCACCAGGGCCAGAGUCCUUAUAGAAGCCAUACUCAGAAAUGGAGGCACUCCUCAAACAGACUCAAACCAUGUACCACCACCAUCAGGCUGGAGAGAUGAAGACUUUGGAAAUAAUGAAGCUACCAGUAAUACAAAUAAUACAAAUAGUGAUGAAAAGCACAGCUACACAGAAGAUCAACGGCAGUCUGUUCACAGGAUAAAGAAUUGCAAAGACUUCUAUGAGAUCCUUGGUGUUCCCAAAAAUGCAAGUGAGGAAGAUCUGAAGAAAGCAUACAGAAAGCUGGCUUUAAAAUUUCACCCUGAUAAAAACUGUGCUCCCGGCGCAACAGAUGCAUUCAAAGCAAUAGGAAAUGCUUAUGCAGUGCUGAGUAACCCAGAGAAGAGGCAGCAGUACGAUCAGUAUGGAGACCAGUCCAGUCCUUCGGCUCCACAGCACUCCACUCACGCCCACCAUAGACACUACCGCAACUUCCACCGAGACUUCGAGGCUGACAUCUCCCCUGAGGAGCUCUUCAACAUAUUCUUCGGAGGAAGAUUCCCCACAGGCAACAUUCAUGUGUACACCAACCAGGGAGCCUCCUAUUCUCAGUUUUACCAGCCACGCCGUCGACGAGCGUAUGAGAGGCGUGAGGAGGUCGUGGAGGAAAACCAGAGUCAGAACACCUUCACUGCUCUGCUCCAGCUCCUCCCUGUGCUGGUCCUAAUCCUCAUAUCAGUGUUUACUCAGAUGAUGGCUACUAACCCUCCCUACAGCCUCUUCUAUAAACCGGCCUUGGGGCUGGUGGUGUCUAGGGAGACGCAGCACAUGGGCGUACCAUAUUAUGUAGAUAAAAGUUUUGAGAAGGAGUACCGCGGAGCUGCUCUAGACGAGCUGGAGAAGACUAUAGAAAGUGACUAUAUUGAGCAUCUUCAGAGCAGUUGCUGGAAAGAGAAACAACAAAAGUCAGAUUUGGCAAAUCUAGGACAGCUUUACCGAGAUGAGAGGUUAAAGCAGAAGGCUGAAACAAUGAGGCUGGACAACUGUGAGAAACUACAUCGACUAGUGCAGAGACAAAGAGGGUAAUGAGGACUGUGCGAGAGAAGGAGACCGACUCAUCUUAAACUACACAUUUGAAUUUGAGUGUAGUUAUCCCAAUCUGGCUACUUUUGGAGAAGAGUGAGGUAUGGUGCAGUGGUAGCCAAUGCCACUGAAAACUAUGUGCCUUCUCUUGAAUGGUAGAAAAUAGUGUUGACAUGUUAGCAGCCAGCACUGAUGAUGGAAGGUGCGAGGUAUGGUGUUAUUGUGGUAGUGUUGUACUAGUGGAGACACAACACUUAUAGAAAUUGCACAGUUUGGCAUGGAUCUGUGGGCUUGAAGGAUGUUCAAUUGGCACUGUUGGUUUUUGUUUUUUUUGUUGUUGUUUUUUUUUUUUGCUUUCUAUGUAACUAGACAGCUUCUCUGUCUUUGCGCAUUUUUGUAUUUUUUAAAUUUUCCUUGUGAAUGUUACAAGAGCGUCAUGGCUCAAGUUUUCUGUAGUAAGAAAUUACACAGUAGUAAACUGACUGAUUACCUUCUUGGACACUCAAAGACAGUAUUUAGUUUUAUUUGUAAGGACAAAUCAAAUUGAAACACUACCAAUGCCAGUUGCCCAUUUGCAGUGUGAUGGGUCUCAAUGUUUAUACUUGCUUCAAACCAUUAUUUCCAUGCUUACUGUCGACAGGCAUUUUUUGUUAAGGUCAGGAUCUUGGAAUCCUAAAAUGUUACUUGGUUAGCCAUGCUUAAUAGUUAUUUUAUAACUAACAGUAUAACAGCAUCCACAGUGUACUAAGAGGAGUGCUUAAUCCUUCACACAUUGUGACUACAGAUCUCAUUUUUUAAAACACUCAUUGAAAAAUGGAUUCAUCAACAAAACAGACUUGAGUGUUUUGUUUAUUUCUUGACAACAUUCUCCAAUAUUAAUGCUUUUUCAUGUCACUGACUAGACAGUUACUUAAUAAGUUCUCAUUUGUACGAAGUCUGUAUCAAGCACUUUAGUUCAAAUGUUUGUUCAAAUUUAAGUUGUUUAUUUAUUUAUUGUUGCAUGCAGAACAGUUCAAUGUCAUGAUUUAUGUAGUUACGUCGCUGAAGCUAACUUCAGUCCAAGACCUCAGAUUAUUAUUAAAACAUUUAACAUAAAACUGUGAAAUGAAGACAAAGAAAUCAGUGGCUCAUAUUCAACGAAAAAUAAAAAGUUCUCACUAUGUU